AGCUAAUCGCACUGAUCUCUAUAUAUAGAGAUCAGUGGCUAAUCGACACUGUAUUUUUAGUCGGCCGGAUUUCCUCUCACACCACGUGACAAGGAUGGGCUUGUGGGUAGACACUACUGGCACCCACUGCCUGGAAGUUUACUAUUUUAAUCUAGCCUACUAGUACGAGCGAAUAAGUUACUAGUAGAACUUCCAUCAUCUCAUCUCCCUGUGGCACAGCACCGACAUAUAAUUAUUUCGAGUGCCAAUGGUGGACAGUGUGAAGUACAGUAGAAGAAAAUUUCUUAUGGUCGUUUUUGUUUGGAAAAGUUAAAUUAUGUGAUGUCUAUUAUUAUACUUAAUACGGAUUAACUUAGCAUUGGAGUAUGGAAAAUUGUACAAUAUAUUUAACAGUAUUGCUGAUAUGGCUCAGUGCUAAACAUGAAGUCAAAGCUUCCUAUUGUCCACAUGGUGAAUUCCUAAAUGCAAUACUUAACAAAUGCCUCAAUUGUUCUAUUUGUCCUGAUAACCAAAUCUUCCGAGUCCCUUGUACCAACAUUUCGGAUACUGUUUGUGGUCCGUUUGAAGAAUUUAUCCAUUUUAAACAUGGAGAUCGAACACAAGUUGGUGUUUUUUUAGAUGAAGAACCAGGAAUAGAAGUUGAAGGAAUACCAACAAAGAGUUCAGAGGAUCAUUACUGGAAGAAAUUAGCUUUUGCUUUAAUUGGUGUGUUAUGUGUGUUGAUUAUAGUUGCUACUAUGGUGGUAUGGUAUGCUUGCCGUAAACUACAUACAUCAGUUCAGAGGAAGAGAGCAGACGAUGAAGAUUCAGAUGAUGCUGAUAAUGGAUAUGUAGUUAUACGUUCAAUAAGACAAGCUCCUUACCCUGUAACAACAGAAACAAAUGGGGAUGGUUGUCUAAAUAAUACAACGUAUCAGUUAUUACACCAACAACGCCUUGUGCGACCUUAUCGUCCUAAGAGGAGACUCUUAAAUGAAUAUGCAGAUGAUGUUUUUGAGUCAGAAGAUAGUGCUGGAUCAAAAAGUAGUCGGCGUGUUUUAUCCUCUAUCCCAGAACAUACUGAAACAACAAACAAUCUACCCAUUGUGUAAUUCACCAUUACUUCUUUAUUUUAAUUUCAUAUAAACAAAUACGUGUUCAUUAUCAAUGUAGCCAGACAUGCUUCUAUUUUGGAGAACUUCUUCUACCAGAAAGUAUAUGUAGCAUGCUGUGCUUGCUUUUCGCAGUAUAUAAAUACAGUAAUGGAACACCUAUGGUUUGGGGACAAAAGCUUGUUGUCUGUGUUAGCAUCCCCGUCCAACACUCAUUUCAUUAUAGCGUCUAGUCAAUUUUAACUGCCCACUGAUAAAAUUAACAUCUACAUGUAAUUAAGAACCAAAAUCACCAAAUUACAGUUUUAUCCUGUACUGGUACAUGUAUGUAUAUUGUUUUUAAAGUGGAAUAGUCUACACUAAUAUGUCUACUAAUAUUUCUUUCAGAGGAGGGUCCAGAAAGCUCAAUGACAAUUAUUGAUACUUGAUAGAAAUUUUAUCUUUACAUUUGGUACAUGUUUUUUGUAUGUAUAUGUAAAUUUAUAAGUGAAUCUCAUUUCAUAGAAAUAUUAUAUACUUGAUAUUAUUAUUUUGUGAUAGAUUACUUGAUAAUUAUUGACAAACAAUUAGAUUAUGAUGUCUGCAAUAUGUUGAUUAGAACAUUUUGGGGUGAAAUCUAAAACGUGUAAAAAUGAAUCAUCUAAUCAUUAUGGAAUAUUCAUUUCAACUACUGGUUGUCGUAUUCACAUCAUUUAUUCUUAAAAAAAUGUGGCUCCUAAUUGUUAAGAGUUUCUUCACUUUAAUGGAUUACUGGUAGUCCUAGAUAUAUUUAAGGGAACAAGCAUUUUGAGAGUACUGCUGAAGAAAUACAUGUCCCCUACCGACCACUAUAAAAUUUCACAAUGCAUGCAUCUAUACAAGAUUGAUACCACAAAUAUAUUUCUGUGAAUAUAUAAUCCAAAUACGUAUUGAUGGAAUAAAUUCUGUAAACCUGAAUUUUCACUAAAUUGGUCUGUGUAGCGAGUGCACUAAAUUUCUAUCAAAUACCUCAAAGUUAAACCUUAAACAGAGCUGUCCCUUGGUUUUUUAUAGUCAAUACGGUAAAAGAAAAUGAAACCACAUGAAACACAUAUUUGAUCUGUAACUCUGCAAUAUAUAGUAUUGUACCAACCUUCAAUCAAAUAACUGAAUAUUAAACUAAAGUACUUAAGGAAAAUAUCAUUUUCAUUGAUUUUGAUACGGCCACAUGGAAAUGUGGACAUAUAUUGCCGUCCUGUCCAUCCGUCGGUCUUUCCGAUCCUGGUCCACAAUUUCUUGUGAACGCUCUAACGUCAAAAGUUGUCAUCCAAUUGUUUUAAAAUUGAUAUAUGUUGUUAACAUUAAUGAGAUGAAGAAGCCUAUUUAAUUUCAAUAAUUUCCAUUUACAUGUAUUACGUCUAGAGUUAAGGCCCUUGUUUCACUUGCCAAAAGUUAACCUCCGAUCUUUGUGAAAUUUAUAUGCAAUAUUUAAAUUAGGGAAACGAAGAAGCCUAUUGAAUUUCAGCAAUUUCCGUUUAUUACUUCUAGAGUUAUGGCUCUUGUUCCACUUUGUUGCACCUUGUGAACGCUCUAACAUCAAACGUUAUCAGCCGAUCUGUAUGAAAUUGUAUUGUAAAUGCCCCCAAUUACUUACGAAAGAAUAAAAUAUGCAACAACCCUUGUCGACUGCUCUGACGAUUUAGCUGCUGUGGGCGUAUGUUUCGUUGCCUGGCAAUCUAUCUUUUGGUGAACAAAGGGACAUAAUUCAGAAUCCAAUGAAGCUCGAAUCGACUCAGCUAUAUCUGAAAUUUGAGUAAAAAUUAUUUCCAGAUAACAGAAUAUGCUAAUAUUUAGCAUAGCACAUACAUUAGAACAGCCAGAAAUAUCUAUACAUUACGCAGUAAAUGCUGGACUGUUUCUUUAAUGGUAUGAAGGUUAUAGCUAUUAUGAAUACCAGGGAAAAAAAGGUAUCGUAGACCAUGUGUAUGUGUUAAUAUCCAUUAUGGACCAAUAUGGAUCUGAAAGAAUGGAAAUGUGAAAACAAAUCUUCUGCUCAGUUUUUUCCACAGUUAUACUAUCUUGUUUUAUAUAUUUAGAUCGUUUGGUUAAUUAAAUAGUUCUUUACGAACUACGAGUCUUAAAAUCAGGUUUUUCUGGUGCAUUCAUACUUUACUGUUAAAACUCCUCAUUGUGCUUGUGUAAUUAAGGUAUAUUUAUCCUGGUAAUAGAUGUUUUAAAUGAUUUGAAAUAUAGAUAAAUCCUGUGUAAUAACAGUACAUAAUUUUACAGACUGUUUCUCGCUAAAUAAUAUUUACUUAUAGACAGUGGUUCUCAAGCAUUUGUAUACAAAAAUUGUUUGUAUUGAAGGUCAUUUAAUGUACUACUUACAUUAUUACAAGUCUUCCUCUGACGACAUUAUCAAGAAUUGUACAUUAAAAUAAUUAAAUUAUAUUUAUGUAACCUUGCUUUGUUAAACUUGAAGUCCAACAUAUGAGCUACUAUUCAUUCACACCAUUCUUCUUUACAUCAUAUGUUUUUUUAUUUGUAAUGUUUGAUGUAAAUUAUUUGUACGUUGAACUCUUAUCUAAAUCUUGCAAUUAAAGGUAAUUUUUUAUAUAUAAAACAGUUCCAUUUAAUUUCUCCCCCUUCUUCUAACAAAUCUUUUAAUGUCCUACUUGCAUAACCGUUUAUUGCAACAUAUAUGCAGGGAAAACAUUAUUUGUUUCUGAAAACAACAUAUCUAACUGAAUACUACAUAUAUUCUAUUUAAAGUAGCUAAGUCUCUAACUCAAUAUCAUCCAAAGACUUACACGUUGAAGCCACGAAUUAUUUGUCAGGCUUCCGAUAUUCGAUAUUUAAGACAAAAUAAACAUUUUACCAUUGGUACACGAAUCGUGUACCAUAAUGCGUUUCAGCGUCAUUUGUAACAAGUGACCAAAAAGAAUGAGGCUAGACAUAUUCAACAACUCAUGUCAAAUGGUGACGCCAUAUCUUAUCUGGAGAGCAUGCGCAAUAGACUGGAAUAACCAGACGCUAGACUUAUGCCAUAUUUCGCUGGACAUAACUGAUUUGAAAUAAGAGUCAAAAUGGAAACAAUUGAAUGUAAAUAAGUUUAUAUACAAUCAGUUUACUUUAUUAUAUGCGUUGUGACCCAUUUGGGUCAAUUUCUAGGUCCCAAAUAUUAGCGAUUUAGCUCCUUUAAAAUUGGACAAGAAGUCAUAAUCGCCCAUGGGCUAAAAUGAAGAAUGAAGAGCCUUCCCACUUACAAACUGUUUGAUUUGAUGAUAUAAUUAGACUAAAAAUAUAUUCUAAAGUUUGCUUCAAAUUCAAAACAUUUUAAUUGAAAGAAAACAACUCCAACCUAUUUUAAGCAGCCUUGAUUGAGGGAAGGGUCCAUUUUCAGCUUGUACACUUUAUCAUUACUCACUAUCCAUUUACCAUAAAUAUCAAAGUCUAAUAAAUUCUUAAACACUAAUUUCAUUUCCUAUGUUUAAUCUCAAAGUCUACAGUACGUUUUUUUAGUUUCUCACUGUUCUCAACAUUUCUAGCCAUGCGAACAACAGAACCAAAUGUUCCCUAUGUUAUUCAAGCAGACAACAAACGAACAGGCUGUCUGUUAGUGAUCCCAUUAUGUUUUUGUCCUGUUUGCACUCCCAUCAGUUUUUUUUUUCAGGGAAUCCAGUAUUUUUCUCUGGUUGAACGUGACAAGGAGUAGGGUCGCCUGUCCAACCUCGUGGGUUUUCUCUGUGUCCUCCGGUUUCCUCCCACUGCUAAAGACCCUUAUGUGCAAGCAAUUAUUAAAAUAAAAUUGAACCAUAUAUUAGUCCCGAAAUGACCUAGUUUGUGUCGAGCGGGCAUUAAACACCAUUUCUCUCCCAGUAUUUUACUAGUAAGAUUGGGUGUCUCUACAUAUAUUUUUAUUGGAAAUAAGUACCCUAUAAAUACUUUCGUAGGAAUGUGUCUCAAGUCAUAUUCAUAUUAAAGAUUUACAGAUACUAAUCAACUAUGCUACUGGACAGCAAAUAAUUAAUGAACUGCAUUAAAAUUAUGAGAACUUAUGGAAGAGGCUAAUAUAACCAUAUAGCAAUACUGGCUCAUUUCAGGUUACAUGCACCUCUUAAUUUCAAUGCCAAAAUUAGUUUCCUUUUCCAAGGCAUUGAAUUUGAAGUGGUUUAUUAUUGUGACAAUUACAUGGAAAUAUGUGUACUGAAAUGCUGAUUCAGAACAAGUAGAAA